GAGGGAAAGACCGACGACAGCUAAAAGGAGACACACAGCAGCAGCAGCAGCAGCAGCAGGAGCAGACCCGGCGCAGGAGCAGCUGCCGAGCCGGUGAUUAAAGAGUUCUCAGAGCCUGUCUGAGUGGGAUGCUCUGGUCCACGAAGGAUGCUGCGCUCUGGACGGUGUGCUGAACAGAGCACCGUUUGGCUCAUUCCAGCCGGCUGCCUGUCUGGGAAAGGACAAUGUGUGUGUACAUAGAGAGAGACUGCUGGAAGAGUUCACAAGCUAAGAGUGCUCUCGGAAUAGAGCUCAGGCAGAUGGUCUGGGCUGAAAGCUCCUUCUAACUGACCUGGAGCCAGGCGAAUCCGAAUGCUGGAGAUCUGACUUCUCUAUCUCAGGAUACAGUCAAGUUAGGAAAAGAAAAAAACAAACAAACAAACAUGAAAUGCUUCUCUAGAUGAUGCUUCCAGGAUUCUGCAACAAUCCCUGAUCUUGGACAUAUUCCAUAUCUCUUUCCAUUUUGUUCUCCGGAUCCAUCUCCUUCCCUGCUUUAACUUGCUUGUGAUCCCUUCAGAUAUAUUACAUGGUUUGCCAUGGUUACAUGAACUUUUGGGAAGUGGUAUUUGCACCAUCUCAUCUUUUAUUCAUGAGGACCUAGGCAAGAGCUGCGGAGGCUGCCUUUAUUUUUUUAAAAAAUGAAUCUUAUCGUGAAACUUCGGAGAAGCUUUCGCACACUGAUCGUUCUCCUAGCUUCCUUCUGCCUGGUGAGCAUAGUCAUUUCCGCCUAUUUCCUCUACUCGGGCUUCAAACAGGAAAUGGCUCUUAUUGAGACCACGGCAGAAGCAGAAUGCGCUGACAUCAAAGUUCUACCCUAUCGAUCCCUGGAGCUGAAAACAGUGCGACCUAUCGAUACGUCUAAAACCGAUCCUACUGUGCUCCUCUUCGUGGAGAGCCAAUACUCUCAGCUCGGUCAAGAUAUCAUCGCUAUCUUGGAGUCCAGCCGAUUUCCGUACCACAUGGUUAUUGCCCCUGGCAAGGGGGACAUCCCUCCUCUUACAGAUAAUGGCAAAGGGAAAUACAUCUUAGUGAUCUAUGAAAACGUCCUCAAGUACGUCGGCAUGGACUCAUGGAACAGAGAGCUACUCGAAAAAUACUGUGUGGAAUACAGUGUUAGUAUAAUUGGUUUUCAUAAAGCCAAUGAGAACAGCUUGCCAAGUACGCAACUAAGAGGGUUCCCAUUGAACCUUUUCAAUAAUCUAGCUCUAAAGGACUGUUUUGUCAACCCUCAGUCCCCCCUGCUGCAUAUUACCAAAGCCCCCAAUGUGGAGAGAGGCCCGCUUCUUGGGGAAGACUGGACUGUUUUCCAGUAUAAUCAUUCAACCUACCAGCCAGUGCUUUUAACGGAAUUACAGACAGAAAAAUCUGUUUCAUCCUUGUCCAACAAACCACUUUAUGCCACAGUGAUUCAGGACCUGGGGCUCCACGAUGGCAUUCAGAGAGUUCUUUUUGGCAACAACUUGAACUUUUGGCUGCACAAGCUCAUCUUCAUAGAUGCCAUCUCUUUCCUGUCAGGGAAGAGGUUGACAUUGACCUUGGACAGGUACAUUCUUGUGGACAUAGAUGAUAUCUUUGUUGGGAAGGAAGGAACACGAAUGAAUGUCAAAGAUGUGAAGGCAUUACUAGAGACUCAAAAUUUACUGCGCACUCAGGUUGCAAAUUUUACCUUCAACCUUGGAUUUUCAGGGAAGUUUUACCACACAGGGACUGAAGAGGAAGAUGCAGGCGAUGACCUUCUGCUUCAGUCUGUGGACGAGUUCUGGUGGUUUCCGCACAUGUGGAGCCACAUGCAGCCCCACCUCUUCCACAACGAGUCAUCCUUGGUGGAGCAGAUGAUCCUCAACAAGGAAUUUGCCUUGGAACAUGGCAUCCCCACCAACCUGGGCUACGCAGUGGCACCGCAUCACUCUGGGGUCUACCCAGUUCACCUUCAGCUGUAUGCAGCUUGGAAGAAGGUCUGGGGUAUUCAGGUCACCAGCACGGAAGAAUAUCCGCAUCUGAAACCUGCGCGGUACAGGAAAGGCUUCAUUCACAAUAGCAUCAUGGUCCUCCCUCGACAAACCUGUGGGUUGUUCACCCACACUAUUUUCUAUAAAGAGUAUCCUGGAGGACCCCAGGAACUGGACAAAAGUAUCAGAGGAGGCGAACUUUUCCUUACCAUCCUUCUGAAUCCAAUCAGCAUAUUCAUGACCCACUUGUCGAACUACGGGAAUGACCGCCUGGGCUUAUACACUUUUGUGAACUUGGCCAACUUCGUGCAGAGCUGGACCAACCUGAAACUGCAGACUCUGCCUCCUGUGCAACUAGCCCACAAGUAUUUCGAGCUCUUUCCAGAGCAGAAAGACCCUGUCUGGCAGAAUCCAUGUGAUGAUAAAAGGCACAAAGACAUUUGGUCCAGAGAGAAAACCUGUGACCACUUGCCAAAAUUCCUCGUAAUUGGGCCACAAAAAACAGGAACAACUGCACUUUAUUUAUUUCUUCUCAUGCAUCCUUCCAUCAUCAGCAAUCUCCCCAGUCCAAAAACCUUUGAAGAAGUUCAAUUUUUUAAUGGCAACAACUAUCACAAAGGAAUUGACUGGUAUAUGGACUUCUUCCCGACCCCAUCCAACAUUACAAGUGAUUUUCUCUUUGAAAAGAGUGCAAAUUACUUCCAUUCUGAAGAAGCUCCUAAGCGAGCUGCAUCCCUGAUCCCCAAAGCCAAGAUCAUCACCAUCCUCAUAGACCCCUCAGACAGGGCAUAUUCUUGGUACCAGCAUCAAAGAUCCCACGAAGAUCCAGCCGCUCUGAGGUUUAAUUUCUAUGAAGUUAUUACAACGGAACAUUGGGCACCAUCUGACUUGAAAACAUUACAGAGGAGAUGCCUAGUUCCUGGGUGGUAUGCAGUCCACAUCGAAAGAUGGCUAACUUACUUUGCUACUUCUCAGUUGCUAAUUAUUGAUGGACAGCAGCUGAGAUCUGACCCAGCUACUGUGAUGGAUGAAGUCCAGAAGUUUCUGGGAGUUACACCUCAUUAUAAUUACUCUGAAGCAUUAACGUUUGACCCCCAAAAAGGUUUUUGGUGUCAAUUAUUAGAAGGAGGAAAGACCAAAUGUCUUGGGAAAAGUAAAGGCCGAAAAUAUCCACCCAUGGAUCCAGAGUCUAGAACGUUCCUCUCUAAUUACUACCGAGACCACAACGUGGAACUGUCCAAGCUGCUGCACAGACUGGGGCAGCCCCUGCCGUCCUGGCUGCGACAGGAGCUGCAGAAAGUGAGAUAGCAUCAGAGGUUGGAACCAAGGCGCACGAGAGACUAAUUUUCACGAUUAAAUAGCAAAACAUCCCCACGUCUUUUGCUCCCUUACUGACACUCGUGAUUGUCAACAGAAGAUCAUGUGAACAAAUUUCCUUCUAUCUUUUUCAUACGAUGGAAACAGUUCUGUUUGCACGCGUUGGCAAUUCCUAACAUCCCUCCCUGUGUGAGCUAGAGGGAGGCAGUGCCCAGUUCCGUGACAUUAUCCACGCUUCAGUGUGGGGGUGAUUCUGCUCUUAACCUAAUCUGAAGGUUUCCAAAAUCCAAUGUGUGAUGGAGAACCCUGAUUAUAAACAACUGACAAAUCAGAAUCUUGAGGAAAAGAUAAGGACAGAGUUCUCCAGAGCAAGUGAAUAGUAACCCAGUAUCUGAAUUAAGUUUCCCUUCACGAAUUUAAAAAUAACAUCAUUUUUGUUAUAAAAAUAUGUAAUGCAUUCUCUGAUUUUGAGCAGUUUCUAUUUAUUAUAUUUAGUCAAUGUCUGUUUUUUUUCCUCUGUUGUUACUUCUCUAUGUAUUUGCUUGACUUGCUAAAGAAAUUGUGAAGCUGUAGUUUCCCAUGUUCUCUGUUGUUCUCUUAUAGGAGACCAGCUGAAGGGUUUCAGACUCUGACAUCUUUUGUUUUUUGGUUUUUUUUCUUUGUUUGUUUGUUUGUUUUUGGCUUUUGGGUCAUACCGGUGAUGCUCAGGGGUUACUCCUGACUCUGCACUCAGGAUUUACUCCUGACAGUGCUCGGGGGACCAUAUGGGAUGCUGAGAAUUGAACCCAGGUCAGCUGUAUGAAAGGAAAAGGCCCUCGCUGCUGUACUCUCGCUCCGCCCCGUCUGACAUCUUACUGUGUUUUCAGGCAGGAAAUGCCAUUCUCUAAGUUUGGCAUUGGAGUCCCAGUCAAACUCUGUCAAGACUGGUGGAGCAAAAGGAAUGCGUGUAUACUGUGUAGGAACUUGAAAAAUGGUCCUCUAUACAUUGGCCUCAAAUUCUGUCAUAUUAUCAAUAUAGGCAUUUCCACCUUGACAGUGAUGUAGUUUUUCACUAUCCAUAGACAAAAAAAAAAAGCUCUAAUAAAUGGGCAAUGAAAACACCCAAUAUGUGUUUACAGAUGCAAAAGUUCUGGUGCCUUCCAUGUGGAACAUGUUCAUCUUUUGAAAGCUUUGCUCUCCCACAUAUGCCAGUGUAUAUGCUAUGGCUGAAGAUUGUGUUUUUAAGUACUUAUUUUAAAAAAUUAUAUAUAUAUAAUAUCUGAAAUUAAGUCUUUAAAUAUUACUGAACCUCUGACCUAAACCCUAACAAUGCCACCUUACUUAUUUUCUAGAGAAGCGACAUUCUUUUUGUCUUGGAAUUAUAGGUUUCUCUUGUACUUGGAGGUUAUUGUCAUGCUAGCUGAAUUUUUAUCCCAUUUGUCAAUGAAGAUAUAUAUUAAGGCUUUGUUAAUCUUUUCAGUGAUACAUGAUGGUAAAAUUUCAACAGAACAGUAAAUCAAACUGACUUUAGCAACAUUACCCAUCAAUCCAUUCUUCCUCUAGAGUAAUUUUUCUAUAGGCUGAAAAUAGGAUUGCUUUCUCCUGUAAUUUGAGAAAUUGUACUUGAUGAAACUAAACAGGAAACUAAAGAUCCUUGUUUUUGUUCCAGUUUUAAGCAAGCAAAUUAAAUCUAAGAGAAUCAAAUGUUUUACUGAUUAUACUCUAGAAUUCAACUUCAUACUUAUCCUGCUUUAAGAUUUUUAUGUUUUUCCCCCCUAUGGGGUUCCCACUGCAUCAAGACUCUCAUGUUCUUUUUUAAAAUAAGUUAAUAUUUUUCUUAAGUUAUUACAAAUCACAAAUUAUAACCUUUGUGGUCUCUGUGUAAUGUGAGGCUCCAUUGUUACUGUCACUUAAGUGAAUAUGUGCUUCAUAACAUUCCACUAAACACACUAAAAUCACAAUUAUAUAUGUGAGGCUCUAACAUCUGAUUAAUUUGUUUACUAGUUUCCUCUAAUUUAUAUUUAAUCUUUUUCUUUCUUAAAACAGAUUAACAUUUUUUCACGUGUGAUAAAAGCAAUAUAGGAAAGAAGAAAAAUGUUUCACAUAUCAAAUAAAAUUCAGAGUUUUCCAACUUAGUACCAUAUAUAUUGAGUUUAACUCAUUUUCUGCAUUUUCUCUUUUUUCGAUGACAUGUGUACAUUAUCAUUCACUGACUACAGACACAUGAGUAUAAAAUCUCCCCAAAGUCAACUGGUUUGUACCAUUUCUUUCAUUCUGUGUAUACACUUUUCACACUAAGAUUGAUAACGAAGGCAACAAAGUUCAUUUUAAUUAUAUAAUUUAUCUUCAUUAUUAACUGUUUAUAAGAACUCAGGGCAAUGAGAGAUUAUAAUCAGAAAAAAGUAUUUUUAAGAACAUCUUGAUUUUCUUAGUCUUCACCACUAGUCUUUUAAAAAACUUUAUUAAUUGAUAUUAAAUAAAAACAGAAUUUAAUUAAAUAAAUGUUUUAUUUUAUGUUAUGUUAUAUUUUAAGGCUUGAAAUUUUCUAAAUUUUAAAGUCUAUUUCAUAGUCCUGCAUGACAUAUAUUUUAAUUUUAAAAACUUCCUAAAGCUUUAUGCAAGCUAAUAUUUACUCAUUUCUUCUUCUACUUUUAUCUCAGUUGCCUAACUCACAAAUACAACCAUUGAUUACUUUUAGUUAAUAAAUAUAGAAACAAUAUUUAAAAAUAAGACCAUGUCAAAGCAUAGUAUUUGCUUCUCAAAUACCAGUCUCUAACAAGUCUAUUACAAAUCUCAUCUAAAAUCAAAUUUUGAUUUUAUUAAUAGUACAAUAAGAUGUAUUGCUAGUGAGAAAAGCUUAUUCUCUUAUCACUAUAUUUUUCUGCUAAGUAACAGAAUCAAUAAGAGGGUUCAUUGCUUCCAUUUAAAUAAACCUAUUUAUGUUUGUCCUAUAUAGUUUUCAUUCUUUUGUCCCACUAUUUUUAAGAUGUUAUAGCUACUUGUUUACCAUGAGUUUUGACUUAUUUUAAAUUAUACAAACAAUUUACAGUGAAAUAAUACCUUAUAAAUUCUUGUCCUGGUGACUAAGUUAACAGAUUUGAUUAUGAAGUUACCUUAGAAAACAAAUAUGCAGAACAAUGAUCUUCUAUAGAAAGAUCUUUCAAAACAAUUUAAUGGUCUUGCUUAUAGGAUUUUAUCUCAACUAUAGAAAUACAACUUAAUCCUGGAUUUGUAUAUUGAUAUAUAUAUACACACACAUAUAUCUCAAUCUAUAUGUGUAUAAAUAUGUGUCUACAUAUAUAUAUACAUAUAUAUAUAUGCCAAUCAGUGUUUUCUUGUUUGAGUUAGUGAGCUGAGUGAGAGAAUUUGAAAGAGAAUUGCAUUUACUAAAAAUUUUAAACCACUGAAAUAGCGUUUCUCCAAAGUAAAUAUUACUGCUGGUAUGGUCACUGAAGGACUCUUUCUCUCUGAAACACAAAUUUUUGGCAAUUGAUGAAUCUUUUCCCUUCCCUUUUUCUUUGUUUGCUAUGCUUAUGCUUCCUGAAUUCCAAACGUUUAACAAGUAUAACCAGAAAUUUAGGAAAGUGGAUUUUGUGUAUCUGGGUUCUCAUCUCAUUCUGCCUAUCACUCUCUGUGUGGCCUUGGACAAUUUGUGGUACUUCUCUGAGUCAGUUUCCUUUUCUGUAGAGACAAUAAGUAUUGCUCACUGGGUUAUUAUAAUCAUUAAAUGAGAUAUAUUUAAAUAACAUAUAUCAAUGCCUGAUGUAAUUAUACUGGAAUAUGUUUGUUACAAAUAUAAUGUAUAAUAUUCAAACCACUAUCUCCUCUUUCAUCAAACAAGAAUGUUUUUCUACUUUCUUUAAUAAUAAAACAUGUAUAUCUUAAACAUAA